UUUUUUUUAUAUGUGUAUAUAAAUAUAUAUAUCAAAAUGUUUAUUCUCCUAUUCUUGAUAUGUAUGUAUGUAUGUGUAUGAGUUUUUUUUUCUAAAAUAAAAAAACGACUUUACUUUUUGUUGUUAUUAUAUUGUCGAGUUGUUCUCUCUCUCUUUGUUUUUUCUUUCCCAUUUGCUCAUUUUUAGUAGAGUUGAUAUGUAUAAAACCUGAACACAUACAUACAGACAUUUUUCUUUUUGUUGUUAUGAUUUUCUUUUCUCUCUUGUUUUUUCAUGGCUUGUUGUUCUUAAAAAAAACACGUUUUUUUCUUUUUUUCUUCAACUUCUUCUUCUUCUUCUGUAUUGUUUGUCUAUUCAACAUUUAAAUAAAAGAAAUUUUCGUAUUUUAACUGACAACUUAAUAUAGAUUUAAUUAAUGAUAGAUGCAUCUUUAAAAUCAACACUAUUAGUUUACAUACGAUAUACCUCCUGAUAAAUGAACAGAGUAGAGAUCAACUGAAUAUUUUUUGUCGUCGUCCAAAUGAUUAAAAUAUUUUCCAGAUUUCUACAGACAAAUGCAUUAUUUAGCUUGUUUUAUUUUAAAUUAACAUAUGAAAACCAUGAAGAGAAAAGGCCUGAUUAACCCUUUAAGUACCAGCGUGUCGUAGGGGGUACGGGUAUUGAUCGAAAAUGACUUCGAAAGUUUUUUAAAAAGUUUCAAUGAAAAUAUUCACGACAUACAAUAGACAUGUUAGAAAUAAAGUCCUAACAAAGUUUCAUCCAUUGGCUGAGCCAUGGUACUUAAAGGGCUAAUACACCUUCAAAUUAUGAGAGAUACAUUUAACUUCUUCACUGUAAGAGAUAUUGAUAAUUGAUCUGUAUGUAUACGGUGAUAAAAAUAUUUGAAUUGCUCUCAACAAUUUAUAUUGCAUGGUAACAUAUAUUAUUAUUACAAUAUCGUGAAAUCUUUUUAUAUUAAUUGUUUAUACAAUAAAAAGAAAAAUUUCUGAAUUUUUUCUAUCUAUUUUUUAUGUUGUAUUGAUAACCAUAUUUUAGCAUUAAUACUAUUAUGAGAAUAACAACCGCUACUAAACAGAACUGGUAAAAUUAUUCUGACCACCGACAGAUACUCUAUCACCCACAUAGAAACGUAGGAUGGAAUAAUAAAUCGUCGUUAUCCUUUUCUUAUUUUUGUUCUUUUCUUCUAUGUAUAUAUAUGUGCUCAUCUCCUUCGCAAAUAUUGGUCGAGCAUUACUCGUCGCUCGAUAUAGAACAGUAGUGUUCUUUUAGAAUAAAUCCGUCGAUAUAUAUAUAUACAUAUUACUCGGUUGCGGGAUGUAAGAAAUAUUUCUCUUGAUAUUUUUUUUGUAUAUCCUAUAUGGGUUAUCCAGAAGAAAAGAGAAAAAAAAGAGAUCUGAUUGCAUCUUUUCUUGUAUGUAUAAGGGUAGAAAAUAACUACAUUUAUAUUCUUUUAUCUGCGUAUACCAACCAUUCUUUUCUCGUCUCAACAGUAGAACUUUGACGCUAUGGCAAGUGGUUCAGCAUUUAGUAAUGUACUUAAAGCAAAGGAAGAUUUACAAAAAUCUCCUGAACAAUUAGAACAAGAAAAACGUUCGAUUAUCGCUCAACGUGUACCAUCAUUAAACAUUGAUGGCAAAUCGAAAGAAGCUCUUGUCGAACAGGCAAAACAAUUACAUAAUCUUCUUCAUCAAUUACAUGGUUCAAUCUAUGAAUUAACUGAACGUUUCGAACGACAAAAAUAUGAUAUGGUUGAAUUAACUGAACGUGCUCGUCAAAUCGAGAAAGGAAAAGCUAAAACACGUAAAUCAAAUAUUGUUCACACUGGUCUUGGUGGUGGCAUAUUUACUGGUGUUAAUGAUAUUACAGCAAAAGCACCGCAAAAAGUAUCACUUUUUAGUCGUUACGAACGUGUUACCGAUCGUCGUACAUAUAAGGAUCGUCGUGAUGUAUGGAGUUCAGAAAAGAAAAAAUCAGACUUUGUUGCUGAACGUCCAAAAGCUAAAAUACGACAUAAUACACCACCACCUGAAGAAAAUCCAUUUCAUAAAAAUAAAGCUGGUGGUGCUACUCAAGCUUCUAAAUCGGAUGAUAAUCGUCAACAAAAACAUCAUGACGAAGAAGAAGAAGAAUUAACCGCUCCACCUCCUGAAGAAGAAGAAGCCCCAGCUGAAGAAGCACCUGCUGAAGAAGAACCAGCAGCUGAAGAAGAGGAAGAAGAAGAAGAAUAA